AGUAUUCCUCUAUGUCCGAUCCCCCGCCACACCCAGAUGUAUGCGUCGCUACCCUGGUCAUGGGUGACGUUUCCUAUAUAGCAGGCGCUAUGGUCAUGGCUCAUUCCGUUCGGCGACACUGUGCUAAGAGCGCUGUACCGUUCCACUUGGUUUGUAUUGUGGACCGCAGCAUGGCCGAUGUCGAAGCACUUCGAUGUGUGUUCGACAAUGUGAUUCAGGUCGACCCCAUCCUGGCUGAGCCCAUGGGUAAGCGGUGGAAGCGCUAUGGAGGCCACUACGAUUCUUGGAUCGAUUCUUGCCUUACCAAACUGCAUGUGUUCAAUCUGUAUAAAUUAGGCUAUCAAAAAGUGGUCUUUGUCGACGCUGACGUUUUGGUGGUUGAUGAUCUCUUCGCGCGGGUGCUGACUGCUCCAGCGCCUUCUGGUAUAUGUAGCGACGAAGCGAACAAGCUGGAUGGUAAAGAAGGUCGCUUACGGGCUCUCAAGACUGGUGAUAAAGUACCCGCAGCAUCCCUGAGGAGAGCCUUGGCGUUAUCAUAUGGUAUGCGGGGUUGCCUCAUGGUACUACCCACUGGUGCCAAGCAUUUCCGAAAGUGCCUCGAUCGAGUGGCUGAGAAGGAGUCACAAAAGGAUGGAUACGUUGGAAGGUGCGGCGAUCCGAAAUGCAACGCUGGUCCCGACGAGUGGCUCCUCAGUCUCCAUUUCCAGGAUAAGUGGAGACAUCUGGAGGAAGCAUUCUGUUGUCGAUACUGGCAUGCUCAGACUAGAGGCAUCACGCCGUUAGCGAUCCAUUUCGUCACUGACAAGCCGUGGAGCCGUAGAUCAGACAAACAAUGGCCCGACUUUGAUAUCUGGUUGGAUUAUGCCCGGGGUUGCCUCUCUAGCAUUCAAGCUGGCGAUCGGGCUUCGAAGCUAGGACGCAGACUCUUGAAUGAUGCCGUCGUGAUAUGUGAGGAAAGACGUCGCCGACUUGUACCGGAAUUGCGUGAGGCGCGAGUCGGAUCUAGCGGCCUGGCUGUGAAGGGUACUUCACGAGUGCAGGACGAUGAUGUUGAAGCCUGGUUUCGCAAGCGAAUCGAUUCUAGUUCCCACACUGCGUCCGUUGAAACUUCUUGUUCGAGAGGGAGUACUCGAGCGACUAAAAGUGACCCGGCGAGGAAGAAACAGAAUAGACGUAGAAGAGCGAGUCGGCGACGCACCGGUGGCAGUUCGGACAAGCUCUGAGGCAUUCGAGUAGGGAUCAUCUAUCUGAGACAUUCGACGUCCGAGUCUCAAACCGGGAUCGCUUCCGUGUGAGGCGGAUUGAUCCUCAGCAGCAUCCAGCAUGCCUUGCGGAUCUGGUCCAUCGCUGCGGUUGUUCUACACAAUAUUCAAGGAUGCACGAAUGCAGUCGUGGGAAAGUUGAUGUGCAGUUAGCAAAGUAGAGGAUGU